AUGAUAUCCGGUACAAAAUAUUUAGAACAUGUAGGUGUAAUGCGCGUAGAAAAUAAAACGACGGGAGAAGCCUGUGAGAUCAAAUUUAAUCAAAGCGGAAUGUGGAGUAGUGCACCAAAGAGCGAAAUAGUCGGAUUAUUGUUUUCAGAAAAAGGCGAAAAUGUUGGGAAAAUUGGUGGCAAAUGGAAUGAGAUGAUAUUUCAUGAAAAAGGAGGACCAAAUCAGUUAGAAGUAAUUUGGAAAGUAAAUCCAUCAUUACCAAAUCAUGAACAAUACUAUGGAUUUACACAAUUUUGUGUAGAAUUAAAUGAAUUAACACCAGACAUUGAAGAAUACUUACCAAAUACUGAUACUAGACUUAGACCAGAUCAAAGACUAUUUGAGAAUGGACAGAUACAAGAAGCUGAAGCCGAAAAGCUUCGUCUUGAACAAAAACAAAGGGAAUAUAGAAAAUUGCUUGAAGAUAGAGGUGAGGCAUGGGUUCCGCAAUGGUUUAAAUUAGAAGGCGAGGAAUGGGUUUAUAAUGGCGGGUAUUGGGAGGCAAGAGAGAGUAAAACUUUCGAAAGCAAACUUCAAUUAUGGUAA